UGCCGAAGAGGCUUCGCUUGUGUUGGGCAACAUCGGUGCUCUCUUCUUCGGCGUGAUUCUGGCUUCCGUGCUCUAUGGAGUCACGGUUGUGCAGACUUGGCUGUACUGCGUUUCUUAUCCAUCAGACCCAUGGUACAUCAAGGGUCUUGUGCUUACCAGCUUUCUGACCGACACUGCUCACCAAUUUCUCAUCACCGCGGCGCUGUUCAUUUACACGGUGGUGAACUUCAACAACUUGGAUAUUCUGAACCAAAUCGUUGCAGUAAACACCGUGGAACUUUACUUCAACGGGGCCACCGCGUUGCUUGUAAAGAGUUUCUUCACUUUCAGGAUUUAUACACUCAGCAAUAAGAACAUUCCUUUGACCGUUCUCAACGUCAUUCUUAUAGUUGCCGAGUUCGCCGUCAGUUCAGGUUACGCCACUAUAGCUCUAGGGGCAAAGGUCUGGGCAGACCUUGCACCCCACAAGGUCCUGUCUUCGAUGAUCGUCAUCCUUGCCGCGGCCAGCGAUAUCCUUAUUGCUGUAUCGUUGUGUACGAUAUUGUACCGCACGAAGCGUAGUUCACUCCGAAACACUAGGGCCUUGAUAAACAGACUGAUGCUAUUCGUCCUUAACACGGGAAUAUUAACGAGCAUGUGCGCAAUCGCCACGCUGGUCACUAGCAUGGCUCACCAUCCAGAGACUGAUGUACGCUUAGGACUCUAUCAUAUCAUGGGCCGCCUGUACAUCAACUCUCUGCUGGCCACCCUCAAUGCGCGCGACCAAAUAAGGCACUACGCGUUUGAACCCAAUAUGAGUCUCAUGUUCCCGACCGGGUUUAGCCACAACACCACCACCGUGAGAUCCAGCGUACUCGGGGUGAGUUGA